AUGGGCAACACUUACAACCAGCCUCCAGAGACGCCCUUCUGCGACCUGAAGGGCCCUGGACAGGAGGGCCUCGCGGUGAUCCAGUUGUACUUGAUGCCUGUCAUCUUCAUCUGCGUCCUGAUACUCGGGCUGCCCCUCAACCUGCUCUCCCUGUGGAUUUUCUCCCACCGCCUGAAGCGCUGGACGCGCAGCACCGUCCUCAUCUUCAACCUUACGCUGGCGGACGCCUCUUGGCUGCUGGCCCUGCCCUUCCUCAUCUACUUCCACCUGGACCGCCUCGACUGGACCCUGGGCCCGGACCUGUGCAAGGCCGUGAGGCUGCUCUACCACAACUACUUCUACCUCAGCAUCUUCUUCGUUUCCUCCAUUAGUCUGGACCGCUACUUGGCCAUCGUGCACCCACUGCGCUCCGUGGCGCUGCUGGGCCGCCGGCAGACGGUCCUGCUGUGCGGGGCCGUGUGGCUAGUCACGCUGGCCCUCAGCGUCCCCGUCGCGGGUAUGACCAUCGUGCAGCCCUGCCCAGGCAUCAACCGCAGCGUGUGCACCUUAUACAUGCUGCUGGACGUGACCAGCGUGAGCUUGCCCUACUCCGUCUUCUGCUCCAUCACCGGAUUCGUAUUCCCGCUGGUUUCCAUCUGCUACUGCUGCGUGCGCAGCGUCAACGAGCUGCGCCACCUGCCCUGUCUGCACCGCCCGCACCACAAAUGGCGGCGGCUCGUGCGCGUGAUGAGUGCGGUGCUGAUCAUCUUCUCCCUGCUGUACCUGCCCUACCACCUGAUCCGCAACGCCACCAUCGUGAUGCGUGCGGUCUACCCGGACACCCCCGCAGCGUGGCGCACCGCGGACCUGCUGUUCAGCCUGGAGAUGUGCGUGUGCAGCUUGAACACAUGCAUUAACCCGCUGUUCAGCUGCUUCGCGGGGCAGCAGUUCAGGCGGGAACUCCACGACACUUUUCAGACACUUUGGCACCGACGCGCAGACGUCAAGUCAGCGGCGGCCCCCUCGCUGAAAAGUGAACGAGGAGCCGUUACGCGAUCACGGUCCCCCGGGGUGAGCGCCGUGGUGCCUCUGGAGAUUCUUUCUGCACGGUGA